UACUUUGUGCUUGUAAACAGAAGCUCCCACGUGACACAGAGAACAACACAGCAGAGCAAUCCGAGUCGCACGACCGUGUUGUCUGAACGGACAAAGGAGCGAACCGCGAGCCGGAGCUUUGUCCAGGAUGGCGGCCAGGUGUCCUGGCAAGAGACGUUACGUGCCGAAAAACGAAGCCAAGUUUUUCCUCCUUUAAAAAAAUCCAGGUCUGUGAAUCUUUUGGCAGCUCGAGCCUUAUGUCUGAACCGCAAACCUCCGAGCUCGGUGGGAUAAAAUUGUUGACUGCGUUUUUGGCUACCCUCACGCGGAGCUUUACCGAACUGUUACCGAACCUCGAGCUCCAUCGCUAGCAUUAGCUUUUAGCCUCUACGUCAGAGCCUAAUUUAAUCCCCGAACAAACGGUCAUCUGUGUGGGGGGGUUUAUCGGUGCCUGGAUGAGAUGUCAUUCGCCAUGGAGGAUAAUUUAGAGUCCGGAUGGGUGUCGGUCCGACCCCGAGUCUUCGACGAGAAAGAGAGACAUAAAUUUGUUUUCAUCGUGGCCUGGAAUGACAUCGAGGGAAAGUUCGCCAUAACCUGCCACAAUAGAACCGUCCAGAGACGGAGCGCGUUCCUGGACUUGGACUGCAGCCCCCCAGCGUCAACUAAAACUCCGAUCAAAGCUGAAACACGCCAAGCUGUUAAAUUUAAACCCACAGGAGACACGAAUGCUCUAAAAGAUGAUGGCUUAAAGACAUUCGAGUGCGUCAGUCACACGUUAGGCUCCUGGAAUAUCGUGACGCCGAAGGAUGUGGAGAUCCUGGACUCUGUCCCAUCGUCUCCUGAGGACCCGGCAGAGGGGGAGGUCAGCCUCCGGGAGGACUUCAGCUGGGCCGGCCUGUUCUCCUUCCAGGACCUGCGGGCGGCCCAUCAGCAGCUGUGCGCCGUCAACUCAGACCUGGAGCCCUGCUUGCCCCUUUUCCCGGAGGAGCAGUCCGGCGUGUGGACGGUGCUGUUCGGGGCUCCGGGGAUGACGCAGCGGGAGACGGAUGCUCUGUGCUACCAGCUGCAGGUGUACCUGGGUCAUGCUCUGGACGCCUGCGGCUGGAAGAUCCUCUCCCAGGUGCUUUUCUCCGAGGGCGACGACGCGGAGGAGGAGGAGUACUACGAGAGCCUGAGUGAGCUGAGGCAGAAAGGCUACGAUGACGCACAGGAGGCGGCCAAAAGGCGCAUGCAGGAGGUGUUGGACAAGCACAAGGCCAUUGACAGCAUGGUGGAGCUGCUGCAGGUGUACCCGGAGGAGGACGAGGCGUACGGAGAGCUGCUCGAGGCCACCACCCAGCUCUACCACUACCUGCUUCAGCCUUUCAGGGACAUCAGGGAAGUGGCCACUCUACGGCGACAGCAAAUUAAGAUCUGCCUGGAGACAGAGCGCCUCGGCCCCCGGCGCGUGGAAAGCCUGAGGAAAGAAGACGAGGAGUGGCAAAGGAAGGCUCACGCUGCCGUGCUCUCCAUCCAAGAGCUGACGGUGAAGUUCUUUGAAACCACAACCCGAGCUCAGAAAGCUCUGUAUGAGCGGAUGCGUGCAGACCAGAGGAAGUUUGGGAAGUCGACGUGGGCCGCGGCCAUCGAGCGCAUGGAGCGGCUGCAGUACGCCGUUUCCAAGGAGACCCUACAGCUCAUGAGGGCCAAAGAAAUCUGCCUGGAGCAGAAGAAGCAUGGCUUGAAGGAAGAGAUGCAGAGUCUGCAGGGCGGGGAGGAUGCAAUGAAGCGCCUGGACCAGCUGGAGGCGCUUUACUACGAGCUGCAGCUGCAGCUGUACGACAUUCAGGCCGAGGUGCUGCGCUGCGAGGAGCUGCUGCUGACUGCGCAGCUGCAGAGUCUGCGCAGGCAGAUGAUGGAGCAACAGGAUGAGGUGGUUUACUAUGAUGCUUUUGAGAGUCCAGAUGCCAUGAAGGGUGAGGAAGAACCUGCCUCCCCACCGUCGCCCCUCAAAGAUGAAGAGCUGUGCGUCCUCCAGCAGAGGACGCGGCAACUGGAGGCCCGGAGGGGCCGCAUCACCGCCAAGAAAGUCUACCUCAAAAACAAGAAGGAAAUCUGCAUCUUUAAUCACAACCAGAAAAUCCAGCAGCGCCAAGGAAGCAAUGCAGACUGCAGCGCUCUGCAGCAGGGGGGAGAAGCUGCACAAGAUGAUGAAGCAAAGAGAAAUGCAUCUGUGAGUCAGGACAGGCAGAGGACUCUGGACAGACUUCGCAGCCUGAAACAGCGUUACCCGGGUCAGACUCUGAGGUCCAGCCGUCUGCGUCUGACUCAGACUCACAGCCGGAGGCGAGCGCCGCAGCACAGCACCCAGGCGGUCAGCGUCCAAACCGACUCCAUCUCCGACCUCCCGGAACUCUCCGCUCCGCCUCCCCCGGAUGUCUACAGCUGCGACGGCGCCUCGCUGCCAUCCAUCGCCAUCCAGAGCGUCGAAGCUCCGCCUUCCUUCCUCUCGCUGCCUCCCCUCUCAUCGUCUCCUUCCCCGUUCCCUAUGGUGCCAUCUGUCGCACCUCCUCCUCCUCCCCCUCCGCCGCCUCCCCCACCUCCUCUGUCGCUCCCUCCCAUAGAGAACCAAACGACGAGCCCUAUGAAGCAGCAAACGUGUGAGGUGUCAGAGUGCACCUCGCUGCCGCUGGCUCCGUUCUCCCCUCGGUUCUUUGACAGCAGCCAGCUGCUGACAGCGAGGAAGAAGCUGAGGAAGACGGCGUCUCUGGACUCCUCACAGUGGAGGAAGGCGAGCUCGCCGAUGGACGAGGUGUUAGCUUCGCUCAAACGGGGCAGCUUCCACCUGAGGAAGGCUGAGCUGCGGGUCCUCGGCCCCGACCCGGACGACGACAGCAACAACAUCCUGGCUCAGAUCCGACAGGGCGUCCGCCUGAAGAAGGUCCGCACCCGACCGGAGCAACAGCGCCACCCCAAGAGCUUCCUGCACUCGGCCGACGCCCUGACCCGCAGCAUCCACGAGGCUCUGAGGAGAAUCAAAGAAGCUUCUCCCGAGUCGGAGUCUGAAGACGAAGGCCUUCCCUGCACUGACUGGGAAAACUGAGGCGCUUUAAGGGAAGAGAUUUAAAUGUUUUGUUUUUAUACCAUUCUGUGCAGCCAAAUCAAAGAGGAAACGAAGGGCUGGAGAAGCAGACAAGCCGGGGUUUCCCAAAGGCACCUCGGUGCUGUCAGAACAAAACAAAUCAGCCGUGUUUUCCUUUUGUACUCGUGUUUGUAAAGAAAACGAUUCAUUUUGAACGCGUUGCUGCCGCGGCCUUGGCAAAGGCCGCAACCUCUGACCUCCUGUUACAUCAGAGUCGUACUGUAGCUCGUUGUGAUGGGUUUGUUAGCAGAAGGAAACCUCUCUGCUGUGAACAUUUAUUCUACGCCAGCUUCUCACUGAAAACAUUCACUGUAUAGUUUAAACUUUGGUGAUGGAAGCAUCAUCAAUUUCUCUUUUUUGUACACUUAGAUAUAUGCAACCCCUCCCACUAAUUGAAGUGGCUUUAAAUUGAUAAUUUUUUGUAGUUAUUGCCUUUAGGGAAGGUAUCUCUGCUCUGCCUGAGCUUACAGCCGGUUAAUAGUGCACAGAUUUAAAUCAUCAUAGGAACCUGUGAAGGAAAAUCACAUGCCGUUUAUGCCAGGUCAGUAUUUUGAUAAAAUACCUUAAUCUCUAAGAUGAGGGGUUCUUUGGUGUAACUGAUUUCACUGCCAUAUAAGUUAAAAGAGAUAUUUACUGUACCGUUUACCCAUCAGCUCAGUGGUUGGUGACCUUCACUGGAGAGCAGACGGAGUAUUUCAGGUUUAGAGAACACGUCUGGUUUGGAUGCAGGUCAAUAAAUCUAGAUUAUCCAGCCAGAGAUUAUUUGACAUGGAUUAAUAAUUGUUUAGAGCACAUUUUUUUUAUCUUCUGACACCUGUUUCGUUGGGACAUUACUGCCCUCUGGUGGCUGGGAGUCGCAUCUUUGCUCAUUACGCACUGCAAAAACAAUCUAAAAAAAAUAAACAUUUCUUAGAUUAAGCACAUUUAACCUUAAUUUGAGCAAGUAGAUAAGACGAUUUGCCAAUUGACUAAAUAUAUUUACUCUUAAAAUAAGAUAAUUAGAUAAUAUGCACCUGAAAUGAUACAAUGCAAUUUCUUUUUUUCUUAUUUUAAAUGUAAAUUGUCUCGUUCUAUUGGCAAAGGGUCUCACUUCCUCAAAUCAAGCAUAAAUGCACUUAUUUUGAGAAAAAAAACUUUUUUGCAGUGCAGCCGGAGGAUUCCAAGUGAUUUUUGCAGCGUUUAUUUCUUUUUCCUUUUUUGACUGCCUUGCUUGUUUUUUUUUUUUAUUAUUUGUGUGAUUUUAAACAUCGUGUUUGUUUGGCGUGUGAUUGGUUAUUUUAGCUUUUUUAAUUGAAUAUUUUUAAAUGUUUUUUAUAUACUGAAAAUCACCUUCAUGUACUGUGGCUUUGUUGGUUUUUGCAUUUUCUUUCCUAUUGAUUUUUUUUUAAUGUUUAUUCACAUUAAGUAUCAGUUAGAUUAGCUAAGCAUCAAAAGGUAAAGCCCAACAGUGAAGCAAAGGAUGCCUAAACAGCAUCAGAUUCACCCCAGCAGUCGAUAUAUCUUCUAAGAAUUCUUUUAUUUUUUAUUUAGAAUAAUUUAUUUACACUACAAAGCUGUCGGGCUGUGCAGUAAUGGUUAUAAAUGUGUAAAUUAACCUUGAUUUUCAGAGCAGAAUGUAUCCAACAACUGAAAACUUAAAAAAAGCAGCACAUUUUUUUUUCUGUUUCUGGAAGUUUCUGAUGAAAGUUUGUAAUAUUUAGAGUUUUCAGAGUGUAAAGACAUUUUUAAAACAUUUAUGGAGGUGUCCCAAUACUCACACUACACUCUAUCAAGUCAGGCUUGGUGAUAUAUGAAAACAAUACUUUAUAUUAAUAUCCUGAUUACCAUAAAAGUGAAAGUAAAAAAAAAAAACUAAUUACUUUGAAGACUUUCUUCACUCAUUGAAAAUAAACCCACUUCAAAAAUCUUCAGGACACCAGAUAAAUAAAGUAUGGUUUUUUUAUCGAGCAUCCCAUAGAAACUGCAUUUAAUCGUAUUUUUUUUUGGUUUAGCAACGACACAAUUCGGAGGGGAAAAAAUAGAGAAAUAUAUAUAUAUAUAUAUAUAUAUAUAUAUAUAUAAAGAAAGUUCUGACACUUCAUCAUUUUUAUUUUAAAUGAUCAAUAAUUCAAAUGUAUCAUUUAGAUAAUUAAUCGAAAUUUUUAUGACUAGACAUUGCAGUACCAGACUUAUCGACUCUCACCUCUGGGUUAUAACUGCAAAGGUCGCAGUAACCAGAGUGUUUCUGCUAAAAUACAACAAAUCAUUUGAUAGUCAUAUAUAGAUUUCUGCCUUAAAGUUAUCAUACCCUUUUAAUAAAGAAAAUGAUUAAUUCACACUACUAAUUCAAAUAAUCGCCAAGCUGAAGAGAGUAACAAUCAAAAUUUAUCUUAAUGACCAUUUAUUAAAUAUUUUUCAAAUUCUGGUUAAAAUAAAUUCUAUCACAUAUACCUAACUAUUCAUCUAUUUAUCUAUAUUUACAGUUAAAUAGAUAAAUAUAUAUAUAUUACUGGCGGCUGAUUUUAUACAGUAGAGUAAACGAUGCAUGAUGUCAACACUUAAACUUCAAAACCUUAUUUUUCUGCACAGGAAGUUACCAACUUCUGCAUUAAUUAUGUUUUUGCUCAUAAUGUCAGAUGCAGAAAUGAAUUGUAGGUAGAAUACGGUGAAAUCAGCUCGACAAGAGUGGAAGUAGGAGUAUUGCUGCGCCUCCUUAAAUGCUCACAGGUUACACCCACUGCUUUCAUCAUGUUUGCUACAUGUUAUGCUAAGCUAACAUCUGGCCUACAGACUGCUGCUAAGCUUUGGAAGCCAUCGCCGUUCAUUUGCACACUGUCCCAGCUGAUGGGUUUAACUUUUACUGGUUUAUUGGUCGAUAGGAAAGUGAUUAGGAUUGUUUUUUUUUGUUUCCAACUUUAGCAUCAGACCAGUUUGAGGAGGACAAACCCAUCACAACAUUAGUGCAAUAAUGAAGAUUGGAGAAGGAAAAAAAAAAGUCAUUUAAUGAUUUAUACUGUAAAGCAAAUGUAAAUCAUGAGAAAUGUAUCCACAUGCCUAAAUGUAUUGAAAUAUUUAUUGAAUCUCAUAUUUUAAAGAUUUUUUCUUUUUUAAAUGUACUUGAUAAGAGUUUCUAUCAUUUCAUUCCUCUCUGCUUUCCCAUAACCAACAAAUGUUUAUUUUUCAUUUCAUAUUAAAAGCACCAAAAAUGUCUUUUAAA